CAUGGAGACGGCCAAGGGUUUGUGGUCGCUGCUGUCAGUAGAGCGAUGGCGCCGGGGUUUCGGAGUGAUCUCCCAGGCCCGAGUGCGCGCGCUCUGCCCUCGUGCCGGGCCGAUCCCAGGUGGACAACGAGUCGAACUUUCUGGGCACCAGGCCCCAUCGCCAGCACCCCGGCCUUCUGCGCCUGCCGCGUGUGCAGCUGCCGCCAGCGCUGACGCAGGCCGCACAGAUGCUGCUGCUCCAGGACCCGCUGCCCAACGUGGAGAAGCAGGUGCAAGCCCUGACCAACUAUCUCUGGAGCCGGCAUCUUCCUGUGGAGCCAGAGGAGUUGCAACAACGGGCUGCAGAACUUGAAAAGAAAUUACUGGAAAAGACAGCCUCAGCUCUGACUGAGAAGAGACUUCGUGGAGCAGUGCUGAGUACACUGCGUAAAACUACCUACCACUGGCAAGAACUAAGUUACGAUAAAGGAUUGAGCCUGGUGUAUAUGGCAGCAAGAAUGGAUGGUGGCUUUGCAGCAGUCUUUAGGGCAUUUCAUGAGAUCAAGGCUCGGAUUCCUAAGUUUCAGCCACAAACCUUGAUGGACUUUGGUUCAGGCACUGGUUCUGUCAUUUGGGCUGCCCACAGCACUUGGGGCCAGAGCCUACGAGAAUAUAUGUGUGUGGACAGCUCAGCUGCCAUGUUGGAUCUGGCAGAAAAGCUACUCAAAGGUGGUUUAGAGUCUGGGGAACCCUAUGUUCCAGGUGUCUUUUUCAGACAGUUUCUUCCUGUAUCACCCAAGGUACAGUUCGAUGUAGUGGUAUCAGCCUUUUCCCUAAGUGAACUUCCUUCCAAGGCUCACCGCAGUGAGGUAGUCCAAACCUUAUGGCGCAAGACAAAUCGUUUUCUGGUCUUGGUGGAGAAUGGAACAAAAGCUGGGCACCGCCUUCUUAUGGAUGCCAGGGACUUGGUACUUAAGGGAAAAGAAAAGUGUCCUUUAGAUCCACGUCCUGGAUUUGUCUUUGCCCCAUGUCCCCAUGAACUUCCUUGUCCCCAGCUGACAGCCUCUAAGCCCCUGGCCUGUAGCUUUGCCCAGGCUUAUCAUCCCAUCCCCUUCAGCUGGAACAAGAACCCAAAGGAAGAGAAGUUCUCAAUGGUCAUCCUGGCCCGAGGAUCACCAGAGAAGGCUCAGCGCUGGCCCCGUAUCACUCAGCCUGUCCUGAAACGACCGCGCCAUGUGCACUGUCACCUAUGUUGUCCAGAUGGCCAGGUGCAACAUGCCGUGAUUACUGCUAACAAGCAUGGCAGGGAUUUGUACCGCUGUGCUCGUGUCAGCUCCUGGGGAGACCUGUUACCUGUGGUCACACCAACUCAGCUUGCUCCUUCCUCCACUCCAGAUUCCCCUGAAAGCUGAUAAGGAGGGAGAAUAAAUAUUUUUUCUGUCAUUUCAGCGAAGGCUGAAGCUUCCUGGUAUCCAGGAUUGAGAGUGCUGGUGUCCCUAUAUGUCUGUGCUGGAGAUUUUAUAAUAAAAAUCUUUCAAAAAUUGGAAA